AUGGCAGAUAGUUCAGAUUUUUAUCCUGAUGAAGAUUUUAACUUUGAAAUACCAGAUGUUAUCUUGGAACAGCAAAUCGAAACACCUGGAAGUUCAGAAAUUUUGCAUGAACCAGUAGUUACUAGAAAACUACCUGUCGUUCAAAGAACCCUUUCCUUUUUCACAAUAUCUUCAGGAAACAAAGAAAAAGGCAAAGGAGUUGAGCUUCCUGAGAUUAAUAGUAAAUAUAAGCGUAAAAAACCAUCAUUUACUCAGGAAUAUUUUGAAAAGGAGGUUAAUGAUAAAGGUGAAGACAUUCGAAUUUGCAAUAUUUUAGACGGAAGUAGUAUAAAAUGUGGCCAAGAAUAUAAGUGCGGAAAGAGUGGAAGUUCAACAGGCAAUCUUAUCGUGCAUCUUAGAGACAAACAUAACAUUGUAUCAUCUGAUGAUGCAGAUAUUUCAAAAAAGCCACGCAACUCUAAAAUUACUGAUUUUGCACAAAAUCAUAAACCUCAUCCUAAACAUAUUCAAAAAAGACGUGAAGAAGCAACCCUUAAAUAG